AUGUCCGACAAACAGAAACCGAAAGGGAAGAAGACCGUUGCUAAUAUAACUGACCAAGAACGCGGUUGGGCUAAGCAAGCAUUGGCUGAAUAUGAACAAAAAAAUUACAAAUUUUGCAUAGAAUAUUUGCUGCGAAUUGAAAAUGUAAGGCCCAGCGAUCCCAAAGUAUUGCUCAAUAAAGCCAUUGUUGAGUUCUACAAAAAUGGCCUGUGUACAGCCGACAAGUUUCAAAAGGCGUUUAUAAAUGUCUGUAAGCAGAUGGAAUUAAAUCUAGAACUGUUGGAUUCUUUCGAGGAUAUUGAAAACUGUAUUUACUAUUAUAAUUAUGCUGUGUUUUUGUACCACUUGAAACACUACACCAAAGCAUUGGCUAUAAUAAACAAGGUCUUCACAUUUAUAGAAUCUCUAGAGGAAAAUUUGGCUCAUAAAGUAUGUCUAUUGAUAGUCCAAUUACACAUUGAUACUAAAAAACCUGCAGAAGCACUGAAAUUGAUUGCUUACAUUGAAAGUCAAUUUGUAUCAACAGAUUAUGCCACUAACAUAUUGACUGGUAAUGUAGAUCAAACGGGUAAUUUACUCAAUGAAAGGAAAAAAAGAGAAAACAAAACUAAUUUAGAUGCUACCACUGAUGUAUUUCGAGUCAGUCUUAUUCAGUAUCGGGUUAGGUCUCUAAUGGAGCUAAAUUUAUUUGAUGAAUGUAGUCAGCAGUUAAGAACAAUCAAAGAAAAACAAGACUCCAUUACAAUGUUUUUGACAGGGAAAUUAGAAUACCUUUGUGGCAAUCAUAAAGAAGCACUAUCGACUUUGAAAAAAAUUCCCAUAAAAGACAACUUUAGAGAGACUGGAGAGUGUUCUUCAGUCUUAUUAAAUAAUAAUCUAGCUUGUUUGUAUCAUUAUGCUAAUAAACCUACCUUAGCAUUCACAUCUAUUUACAAAGCAAUUGUUCAACACCAAAAGAACAUCACUGAUGUAACAAAACCUAAUCAAGCUGAAGGUAUUCUGUCAGGCCAACCACUUCAUAUAAUUGGUGCGAGCAUUAAAACUGAGCUUAUGUUCAACUUGGGCAUAAGUCUCUUGCAUGCUCGAAAACCUGAAGAAGCAUUUGACUGUCUAGUUGAAGCUGUACAAACCUAUUAUAUGAACCCUAGGCUAUGGUUAAGAUUAGCGGAAUGCUGUAUUAUGACUCACAAGAAAAGCAACGACAGAGACUUUGAUUUCAAGAAACCUUUUAUUGAAGGUGUGGUUGGUUCUGGCAAGCACAAGAAAAUUAUUUUGAAGUCACAGUUGUUUGCAGACACAAAAUACAGUUGCGAAGCAGUUUCCGCAUCUAUUCCAAUGCCAAGUCUCGAAUUUGGUUCAUUGUGUGUGCGUAAUGCAGUUUUAUUACUUCAAGACAAUACUAUUGAUUGUUCACCUUCUCACAAACCCAUCAACAUAUCCGACAGAAACUAUCUUUUUGACUGCAUUCAAUCAGCUGGAGCAUAUAUAGCUUUAUGUUUAGGAGAUCCAGUGAUUGCAUUAAAGUAUUCACAAGUGUUACUUAAGUCUGAAAAAAUUAACAAAGUUCAUAAAUUUUUAGGCCAUUUAUAUGCAGCUGAAGCACUGGUAUUGUUAGACAAACCAAAGGAAGCAAUAGAUAUGCUAAAAAAGUCCAAUGCUUUGGAUGAUAUUGAACCUGAAAUACAUGAACAGCUUAAAAUUGAAGAAUGGAAGCCAAACAAACAAAACUCUGCCAAGGCUGUUCUUUAUUAUAAUUUAGCUGUAGCAUUGACUUUACGAGGUGAUCUUGAUAAAGCUGGGGAGUUACUUAAACAAGUGUGGCUGUCAAAAAUCGUACAUGUUUCAGUACCUGUUCACGUUAUCAUAUUGGCUUUAUACAUUCAUUUACAAUUAGGUCAAAAAGAGAUUGCAAUAUCCCUAAUAAAACAAAAUUGCCCGCAAGCGAAAUAAUAGGCAAAAUACAAUCUUAAUUUAC